AUGGAGGAUGAAGUCGUCAAGCUACUUCUCGUAGGAGACCCAAAAUGCGGCAAGACCUGUUUUCUCUCGAGAGUGAGAGCUGGCGACCACAUCAACCCGAUCCCGCUCCUCCGUGACAUUGACCAGCCGUACAUCUUCUCGGUCAACGUCUCUUCAAAGAGCUACAGGUUCGAGUUCUACGAUACUUCCAGUCCCGAAAACUGGCGGCUGCUGGAUCCGGACGUCAUCGUCAUCUGCUACGACAUCAGCCAGCGACUGAGCCUCAUCAACAUGAAGAGAUAUUGGAUCAACGAGGUCAAACAGUCGUUCCCCCGCAUCGACACCCUACCGGUGGUCGUCAUGGGGCUGAAGAGGGACCUGCGGUCCGAGAAGGAUCCAAACGGCAUCAUAUACCCCCAAGACGCCUACCGGAUGGCCCAGGAGAUGAGGGCAGAUCGCUAUGUCGAGUGCUCGGCGGUGACGGGCGAGCUGGUGAAGCCGGCGUUUGAAGACAUCUGUAAGACGGCUGUCAAGACCACGACGGCCAAGGGAGGACAGAGCGAGGGCGGUUGUACAGUCAUGUGA